UAGAUUGUUUGAAUUCGGAUUCAACGUUGAGAGAGAGAGAGAGAGAAAGAGUGAGAUUUCUCUCUUCAUCUUGCACUUGCUCUUCUGUUGAUUCGCUUGAAACGAAGGACAAAUAAGCCCUAAUCUUUACAGGAAUUGAGCUUUCGGUAAUCGAAGCUUAAGAUUCCUUUUCAUUCAAGCGUUAUGAUGCAAGCAUUCUGAGUCGAUCUAUCUACUCUGAUUCAAUUGUUGCAAUACGCCUUUGAUUUGGAAUUAAAUCUUUUGAAGCUCAAAAGUACAAAAAUGGAAGGAAGGAAAAUAAGUGCUUGUCCUAGGCCUAGUGGAGUUCGCCGUGUUGUAGCGAAGAAACGCCCCCGUAGAGGCGUUGAUGGGUUUGUUAACAGCGUGAAGAAACUUCAAAGGAGGGAGAUUUGUUCCAAGAGAGACCGUGCUUUCAUUGUGAAUGAUGCUCAGGAAAGAUUCAGGAACAUCCAGUUACAGGAAGAGUAUGACACUCAUGAUCCAAAAGGGACGGUGCUUUCGUUUCUUAAGAAGAGGUCAAAAAUAAUAGAGAUAGUAGCUUCCCACGACAUUGUAUUCGCCCUUACUCAGUCUGGAGUUUGUGCUGCGUUUAGUCGAGAGACUAAUGAGAGGCUAUGUUUCUUGAAUAUCAGUACUGAUGAAGUUAUUAGAAGCUUAUAUUACAAUAGAAAUAACAACUCCUUGAUUACAGUCUCAGUUUAUGCUACGGACAAUUUUAGUUCAUUGAAGUGCAGGACCACAAGGAUUGAGUAUAUAAGGAGGGGCAAACCUGAUGCGGGCUUCAGCAUUUUUGAAUCUGAAUCAUUGAAAUGGCCAGGGUUUGUGGAGUUUGAUGAUGUUAAUGGGAAGGUUCUCACUUACUCUGCACAAGAUAGUGUUUAUAAGGUGUUUGACUUGAAAAACUACUUGAUGCUAUACUCAAUAUCUGACAAAAAUAUUCAGGAGAUUAAGAUCAGUCCAGGAAUCAUGUUAUUGAUUUUUAACAAAGCUAGUGGCCAUGUACCUCUCAAGAUACUCUCAAUAGAGGAUGGUACAGUUCUUAAAACCUUCAACCAUCUUCUACAUCGCAGUAAGAAUGUGGACUUUAUUGAACAAUUCAACGAGAAGCUCCUUGUCAAGCAAAAAAAUGAAAAUCUUCAGAUUCUUGAUGUUCGUAAUUCCAAGUUAACUGAAGUUAGUCAAACUGAAUUUAUGACACCGUCGGCCUUUAUUUUUCUUUAUGAGAACCAAUUGUUCUUGACUUUUAGAGAAAGAACUGUGACUGUUUGGAACUUCCGCGGUGAGCUUGUAACAUCAUUUGAAGACCAUCUUUUGUGGAACCCAGACUGCAAUACAAACAAUAUAUAUAUCACCUGUGAUCAGGAUCUUAUCAUUUCUUAUUGUAAAGCAGAUUCUGAUGAUCCAUCGGAAGGAACUGCAGGAUCAAUACAUAUAAGCAACAUCUUGACUGGUAAAUGCCUUGCUAAGAUUCGAGCAAACGACCACUCUCCUUCAGAGGAUUGUGGUUGUUGUAGUAGCAGUAGUAGAAGUUGCAAUUCAAGGAAACGGAUUCGAGCAUCAGGGGUUAAGAGCACUGUUUCAGAAGCUCUUGAAGAUAUAACUGCUCUUUUCUACGAUGAAGAACGCCAUGAGAUAUACACCGGGAACAGACUUGGCCUAGUUCAUGUCUGGUCUAACUAAUUCCCUUUUUCCAAUUGUGUUUUCUUCUUCUUUAUAUUAUGGUUCUACUAACCCAUUUAAGCCCCUUUUUACUACUCACUUUGUCAGGAAGAUUAGUUCUUCUUCUUUCUCUUUCGAAUUGUAGAUGUAGUUUAUUGAGAUUUGUCGGGUUUGUUAGUAUUAAUUUGAUUUUUCCAUUAAACAUACAAACUAUACUUUUUACAAUUUCUUUGAUUCCAAUUUAUUACCAUCUUAU